AGCUGCGUGGCUGAGCCAGCCCAUGGACCGUGGGGGUGAGAGUGCAGGGGAGGGCAGCUCAGGUGCCAGCUGCUGCUGCCAGGGCUGAAUUUUUAAUGCUUAGAUGCUCUUAGGUUUUGAGGUUGGCACUGAAGGGGCUGGUGCCAGUUCUGCUCCUUCUUUCCUACUGUCUUGUUAAACCAAGGGAGUGCAAAGCACCACUCGUGCUGCUGCUGCCAGGGAAGGCAGGGUGAGCCGUGCUGGGUGUCAGUGCUGUGGGAAUGCUCUUGGAGUGGGGAAUCCUGGAAUAAAACCUCUCUGCAUGGCACAAGCACCCAAGCUGUGGCAGUCCCUGCUCACACGGGCCUGGGCUGGCUGCCCCUGAGCUGCAUCAGUCUGUCACAGCCGGGACCUGCCAUGGAGUUGGUGGGAAUUGUGGAGUCACGCUCGUGGUUUUUCCUGUUUGCAAUGUCCACCCAAUAGGAACACGUAGAUUACUUACUUGCUAAGAGAUAAACUUGAAAAAUGGAAGCUAAAAAGCUUAGAAGAUGCCCACAAAGACCAAUGGGAUCGAAUUCUCGAGAGGUUCUGUCCCUGUUUCAAAAUCGCUGCGAGAUGAGUCACGGCUGUCCCCAAGUCCUUCGGAGGAGCAGGAGCUGGCUGGGGACAGCAGCCCCGGGGCAGCGCCGCAGGAGAUGUGCUGUGAGCUGGGGGAUCCACAGCCGCCUGCCCGCUGGGAACGUGAAACUGCUGUCAAGGAGGCGAUGUCCCCGCAGAGAGCUCUGCAGAGUGCUGCUGCACAGGCUCCUUUCCGUAGGUGGUAGUGGCAGCUGGGAAGAGAAGAGGGUAAAGUUCUCUGUGUGCGCAGCCUGGCCCGGUGUCCCCAGCCCUGUGUGGUGCAGCUGCAGGCUUCCACUCGCUGGGUGGGUUCUCCAGCCUGGAAAGAAGUAGAUGCUUAAAAUAAUGUAGUGAGAAAGCCCUCCUCUCCUCUCCUCUCCUCUCCUCCCCUCUGCCCUCUCCCCUCUCCUUUUCCCUUCCGUUUUCCCCCUCCUCUCCUUUCCUCUCCUUUCUUUCCUCCUUUCAUUGUAUGCAGAUCAAGCCCAGUCAAAGCCCGCUGCUGUCACUGGCAGGUCCCUCGCCACGAACGAGAACUCUCAAAGGAAACUGCAAGUGAAGAAGUUUAAUGUUUGCCUCAGCUGAUGAGAAUAUUUCCCAAGUCCUGGUGGGAAAAGGUGAAAAAGAGGACCAGAGGAUGUUGCUAGUAGGUAUGGAGAUGACAGGAAGCCAUGACUAGAAGGGAGAUUGUCAACAGGAAACAAAGCACGGGAGCUGAUGUGACACUGCUGUACAGUGCAGCUGCUGUGCUGUGCUGCCUGCUGGACUCGGAGGCCAGGGGAGCACUGCCUGUCCCCAAGAGAGGUUCUCCUGGCCGUCUGUCUGCUGGAGUUUGAAUCAUUCUGCACCUGCUCAAUCCACUUGGCUGGAGCUGGCAAACCCUGGGCUUUUUUUCUUGACACCAGCUACUGUCGAGUCCUGGAAGGGCUAUGGGCAGAAGAACGUGGGUGUGAGCAGCCCUGCCAGGCUGGCAGCCGAGCAGUGCACGGAGCCCAGGCAGCUUUGGGGUGUCCUGGCUGUUCAGUGCUCUGCAGAUAUGAACGCUGAGCUCUGGGCCUGGCUGUCCUCACCAUGCUAGUACAUGGGAAGGACGACUUCCUCUCAGACAUAGCCUACAUCAUCCUGGAGCUGGUCAUCGCAGUGCUGGCCAUCCUGGGCAACAUCCUGGUCUGCUGGGCCGUCUACCUGAACAGCAACCUGCAGAACGUCACCAACUAUUUCGUGGUGUCCCUGGCUGCUGCUGACAUUGCCGUGGGUGUGCUGGCAAUCCCCUUUGCCAUCACCAUCAGCACUGGCUUCUGUGCCUUCUUCUAUGGCUGCCUGUUCAUUGCCUGCUUUGUCCUGGUCUUGACUCAGAGCUCCAUCUUCAGCCUCCUUGCAAUUGCCAUCGACAGGAUCAUCGCCAUCCGAAUACCCCUCAGGUACAAUGGCCUGGUGACCGGCUCUCGAGCCAAAGGCAUCAUUGCCAUCUGCUGGGUGCUGUCCUUCAUCAUCGGCCUGACCCCAAUGCUGGGCUGGCACAAGCGUGCCCAGGACCAGGAGCCGGGUUCCAACUGGUCCUCUCCCAUCAACUGCAGCAACAGCAUGGUGGCGUGUCUCUUCGAGGCCGUGGUCACCAUGGAGUACAUGGUCUACUACAACUUCUUUGCCUGUGUGCUCCUGCCCCUCCUUCUCAUGUUUGGUAUCUACUUGAAAAUCUUCAUGGCAGCCCGGCGCCAGCUCAAGCAGAUGGAGAACAAGAUGGUACACGGGGAACGCUCCCGCUCCACGCUGCAGAAGGAAGUCCACGCAGCCAAGUCUUUAGCCAUCAUUGUUGGGCUGUUUGCAGUCUGCUGGCUUCCACUACACAUUAUUAACUGCUUUACCCUUUUCUGCCCAGGCUGUGCCCACGCUCCCCUCUGGCUGAUGUAUCUGGCUAUUAUCCUGUCUCACGCUAACUCGGUGGUAAACCCCCUAAUUUAUGCCUACCGCAUCAGGGAGUUCCGAUACACCUUCCGAAAAAUCAUCAGCCAGCACAUCCUGGGCCGCAAGGAGCCCUUCAAGGCGGGAGCUGCCAGCUCCAGGACUUCCACCCACGGGGGGGACGCCGAGAACGCCAGCAUCCGGAUCAGUGAGUAUGCGCUGGAGGUGUACGCCAACGGAGACAUCCACAGGGAUCCCGAAAAGCAGGACUUAAACAAAUGCAAAGCUGGCUUGGAGUGGCACCAGAAUGGAAAUGCUCUGGACUUGGACACUAAUGGGCAUCUCCCACAUUCCUGCAAAAAUGGGAUUCUGUCAGAUGCGUGCCUGAACAGGGAGCUUCAUAGUGAAGAGCUAAUUGAUGCCCAGGUGUCUUACUCAGAUCUGGAAAGAGCAGCCUUUGCUGCAGCUGAAGUUUCCUGAUGAGACUUUCAAAGUUUUCCUGGUAGAAUUAUUUUUUUUUCCAUUGGUGAUCUCUGCCAUGGCAGAAAGGGAGGUUGGGGAGGGGGGGAGAGCAGUAUAUCCAGAUCGCUGUGGAGAAAGGGGUCCAUGUGCAGGACAUUGGAUGAUCCUAAAUACCAGACUGGAGAAAAGCCAAGAGACCACGGAAGUGGACUGAGGAAGGAGGGACACGUUACCCAUCAAUGGCCUGUCACCAAGAGCAGUGCCAGGGUCUAGGAUGGCAUUCCAAGUUCAGCACUGGGAGACGGAUGAUGCAGGGAUUUCGGGACACUGCGCUGCACUGUGCCUGUGGUUGAGUGUUGGUUUUGCUGUCUUUACCAAUGGAAAUAGAAGCGUGGCUGGAAGUAUUCCCUGAAUAACAAAGAUCAAUUGGGAAGGGCCUCUUAGUACUGUGGCCCUGCAACAAGCAGAAGGAGGGAUGGCAAAAUCUAUAGGAAGGAUGCCAGGAGCUGCUUGGAGAGGGAAGGAAUUUACCUGAUGGGAACUCUGGAUACUUUCAAACAUGGCACUUUGUCUUUCAGUUUGUGUUUUUAAAGCUUAUACUACAACAGGUUGCUCAAAUGGUUGCUUUUCUCCACGUGGUGAUAAGGUUACUUUACAUUAAGUUAUAAAAGAAGGGCAAGAACUCAUAUCCGUUCCCUGAGUGCUCAGUGUUCCAGAUGCACAUGGCACAUGUAACCUCCCAGUGCUCCACUUUGUCCAACAAAUCACCAAAGCUGAGCCUUGCCAAGGAUUUCCCCUGGCAGAAGGGCUGUUGGCAGGACGUGGUGCUGCUGGCCAGGGCUGUGGCUGUGUUCUCAGGGCAGGGCUGUGAAGGGCUGUGGCUGUGGGAGCUCUUUGUAGGCUGGUGGCACUUUCUGCUUUCCCCCUGUCUCUGUGCUUCUCCUCCUGAGCUCCUGGAAUGCAAAUGCUUUCCAUGGCCCCAGAUGCGUGUGAGGGGAAGUAAUAUUCCAUAUUUCAGUCAUCCUCAUCCUCACUCAACAGGCUGAGGGACUUUUUUCUUCUUUCUUGGGAUAGAGAGCAACCCUCUCACAUACCUUGCCCUAAUUUUGGAAUUCCAAUGAGCUCUAUUUUAAAACCUUUUCUCCUGUGAUUUCACUUUUUUCAUGUGGAGCCUGAUGUGUCCCUGUGGUGCAGAGGCCAACAGAGCUGGGCCUGUCUGGUUAGAAGAUGCUCCUGCUCUGAGAAGCUGAAAGGUGUCAGUAGUAUUGGAACUCAGCUUAGACACUGCAGUUUCUACUUUCUGCAGAAGAGAACAGGCAAAUUUGUGCUGCAGCAAGUGUACACACUGCUGUGGUUUGCUGCAGAGGUGUCUCACUGCAGUUUGGUGAUUUUCUGUGUCACAGGAAGUCUGGCAGCUCAAGGACAGCAGAAAAUCGCAUCAGCUUGAAAUCUACCUGAAGAUUGUCUGGGUUUUGUUUUUCAGAAAAUAAUCCAUGUCCAGUACCACCAGUCUUUUGGCGAGACAGGCAGUAGUGGUCCUACUGGGAAAUGCAAAGUCUGGUAAUUCCAGGGAUCUGAAGCUUAUUCCCUAGCUGAAAACAUCAGAAAUAUCCUCCCCCAACCUGGUUCCUCCUCGUGUCUGUCCACUAACAUUUCAGAAGCCAAGGGAAACUGGAUUUUCAUGCUUGAGGAAGAGCAGGUUAGGUUUGCAUGUUCUUAUUCCAUGUUUAUUUUAUAUAUUGUGAACUAUUAAAAUGAAAAAUCAGUUUCAUUUUGAGGAGAAUUUUUUUUUUGCCAGUUUCUCUACACACACGUGGGGAGAAGUUUGUGAUGCUGAAUGUGUUUGAGUAUGUAGCUGCUCUGGGUUAGCACAAAGCUUACUGGGAGAUGGAUAAAAGAUGUGGCUGCCACCGCAGUCCUUAGCAGAAAGACAGGCCAGUUUGUAAAA